AUGUCGACAGGCGUCGUCCAGAAUUCUGACGACAGAGGCGAUACUGAGGAGGCCACGCAAAGAGAAAUCGACGCCCAACUGGUCGGAGGCCCAUUUCUUCGGUCCAGAGGAGGGGAACAAAUCAGUUAUGCUGAGGAUAGUGAAACGGAUGCUGGAGUCACUUCGACCAUUGGUGAAAAGGAUGAACUGGCAUACGUUGAAGAAGAUGACUCACCAAAGAAGACAAACACUAUAACUAUGGGGAACUUUCGAAAGACGCGUUCUCAAGCAGCUAAGGAGGAAUCAAUGGAUUCAGGACCGCAGAAGCAAAGUUGCCCGCCAGCUGUACCGUCCAGGAAGAGAACCUGUAACGAUGACGAAGGCGAGCUUCGAAAGCCUACCAAACGCGGCAGAAAGUCCUCAGCCAACGCUGAACUCAAGAAGUUCGAGAAGGAUAUCCGUGGAUUGUCGGAGAAAUUCGGCUCCAAGUUGCAGGAACUGGACGCGGCCAGGUCCGAAGCCCAAGAUCUGCACGCAAAAGUCACAUCUUUGGAGCAGCAGCUUGGACAAGCACAAAGAGAAAUACAAGAUUACGAGGAUCACGAAGCAUAUCAAAGCCGUCAAAUCGAUAUACUAAAAGAGGAAUCAAGCAAAUGGAGGGUUACGGCUUCAGUUCUCCUUGAGGAAGCAAAGCGGGACUCUGGUAAAUACGUCAAAGUGUCAGAUUCGGAUAUCACGGAGAGAUGGAAAACGCUGUCUUUCAAUAUCCGCAACCUAGUCUCUCAGUAUUUGACUGAGAGAUUUGCCCAAGAGAAGGGUUUUCUCGAAUUGCUAGCGAAAGGGCACCCGCUUUCCCCUUCAGACAGCGUUUUGAAACUACGAACAAGUAUUCUCCGACAAGGGAUUUGGAGAUGCAUAAUUUCAGCUGCGUUCUUGGGGAAGAAGGGCAUUUGGCAAGGAGGAAUAGGCAAUCAUUUGACGAAUUUUUUGUCUGGAAAGCAUAAUGACGUCGCCGAAGACACCCGAUACUUCAGUAUCAUCAGUCAGAUCAAGUCCAGAGCAGUCGCAGAUCUCAGUGAAGAGCUUCACCUCAACGCAGAGGCUUUAGACGCACAUGUCAACGGAAUUGGCAGGAACCUCCGUUGUAUUAUACCAGGCCAGAAGAUGGACAAUUUCAAAGAAGAGUUGAAGAGACUGACUGCAGACGCAGUGGACCUUCAUGCCAUUAUGAUGAAGUCAAAAGCAAUCUUUCAGGUGCAGUGGAUCGGAGACAAUAAUGCCCCUUAUGACCGGACAAAGAUGGAUUCUGUUCUUGGCGACAUAGAUGACGCCUUCGUCAAGUUCAUCGAAGCUCCGGGUCUGGUAAAGAUUGGUAAUGCGGAUGGGGAGCAUUUUGAGCACAGCAUGGUUCUUUGCCGAUCUCAAGUGAUACUACAACAAAAGGAAGAAUUCCGAGGAAAGGGUGUCGAACGGGACGUGGAGGUUGUUCAGGAAGACUCGGCCCAUAUGAGAUUGGAAGGUCGGGGUGCUGCCGCCGACUCGAGGCGUUCACCGGGUAUUACUGGCCGGUCUUACUAUGACUUCAAAGAGGUUGAUGAUUGA